ACCUGCAGCGUGUCCAGGAGCUGAUGAGGAGAGAGAUGGAGCUGGGGCUGGGCCGGGACACCAACGCCAACGCCACUGUCCGCAUGCUGCCCACCUACGUCUGCGGCACGCCUGAUGGCACUGAGCGAGGCGAGUUCCUGGCGUUGGACCUGGGGGGGACCAAUUUCCGGGUGCUGGUGGUGCGCGUGGCAGAGGAUGGCAUCCGCAUGGCCAGCGAGAUCUACGUCAUCCCCACCGCCAUCACACAGGGCACCGGCGAGGCGCUUUUUGACCAGAUCAUCGAGUCCAUCAUGGACUUCCAGCAGAAGCAGGAACUGAUGGAUCACGUCCUGCCGCUCGGCUUCACCUUCUCCUUCCCCUGCCAGCAGCUGGGCCUGGAUAAGGCGGUGCUGCUGAGCUGGACCAAAGGCUUCAGCGCCUCGGGCUGCGUGGGGCAGGAUGUGGUCCAGCUGCUGCGGGAGGCAGCCCAGCGCAAACAGCACUUAGGGCUGAAGGUGGUGGCCGUGGUCAAUGACACUGUGGGAACCAUGAUGUCCUGUGGCUACGACGACCCCAAAUGUGAAAUCGGCCUCAUUGUGGGGACAGGGACCAAUGCCUGCUACAUGGAGGAGAUGCAGAACGUGGGCACCGUGGAGGGGGAUCAGGGCCGCAUGUGCAUCAACAUGGAGUGGGGCGCCUUUGGGGAUAACGGCUGCCUGGAUUACUUCAUCACCAGCUUUGACCAGCUAGUGGAUGAGAAAACCAUCAAUCCGGGCAAGCAGAGGUUUGAGAAGCUCAUCAGCGGCAUGUACCUGGGCGAGAUCGUGCGCCAUGUCCUAUUGGCACUGGUGGAGAAACAGCUCCUGUUCCACGGCAAACCCAGCCCCAAGCUCCAGACCAAGGACAUAUUCCAGACCAAGUUCCUCUCCACCAUUGAGAUGUGAGUGCUGUGCUCCACUGGGUUCCCUGAGCCCAGAGUCGGGGGGUGUGAAGCCAGAGCCCAAGGAGAGGGGCCAUGCUACAUUGGUGGGAAGCGGGCAGCCCCCCUCGGUGCCGCCGGCCUGGCCGCCGUGGUGGAGAAGAUGCGGGAGAACCGGGGCCUGGCCCAGCUGGCUGUCACCGUGGGGGUGGACGGCACCCUGUACAAGAUGCACCCGCACUUCGCCCAGAAUCUCCAGCAGAUGCUGCGGGAC